AUGCAUAUUCUAAAAAUUUCAUAUGACGCAACAUUCGCAUUGUCUUCCAACCCACGAGUUUAUCGACCAUUCUUAGAGGUGUCUCGACACAUCCCAAAAUUGUCUGACGAAGUGAACGAUUAUUACGACCCAUCAACGUUUACGACCUUUACGCGGCAACGCCAGCCGACUGUUCAACGAUCAUCUUCCUCUACUUCAGCCGAUCCCCAAUUCCGACCUCCGAGCGCUUCUGACUCUCAGCGUCCCUUACGUCGUAUCCCUCGCCAAGCAGAGGUCCGCCAAUCGCACCGCCGAGUCGCUUCGCUAGGCGCCCCGGUUUCACAUCCCAAUCGACCCCAGCCGGCGCGUACAACCCCGGUCUCUGUGCAACACGCCCCAGCCACUGGUAUCGCAGAGCUACGUCCGGCCCUUUCCGAAGCGCAGACAGACGACAACGGAUCGACCAUCGACGAUCCGUACCAGCUCCUCCAUACUUCCUACUGGCCGCAGAGAAACACCAGAGUCUCGUCGCGCACUGCGUCGGCAAUACUUUUCGCUCUCGAGGAAGCUAUCCGUGGACCGCUACAGCUCUCCACUGAUUGGGACGAAGUGAAUGCUUCUAUGUCAGACAUGGUAGGCGUCGCUGGUCCCGCUGGCCCCGUGGGCAAUAGCCGUGUUCACAGUGGCGGAGCCCGUGUCCCUCAGAACCCCAUCUCAGGGACAUCACAACCACCGAGCGGUAUGAGGACACCUACGGAUAUUAUGAGACAGCGCCGGGAUCGGGAGGCUCGCCGCAAAGCGGAACAAGAGGCCCGAGAGAGAGAACAGGAAGAAUUGGAACGACAACAACAGCAACUGGAGCAAGAACAACAGGCUCAAGCUGAGGCUCGCGCCCAGAUACAAGCCCAGGCCCAGGCUCAACAGUACGCCGCUGGCGUUGCCGCCGAAAAUGCAUCCCAAUCAAGAAUUAGAGUCCCACGAGCACCAAGAGGUUCCGAAGGACAGCCCCAGACUAUGCCCGUCGCUUCAGGGCCAGCAUCUGCUUACCGACCAACAGCAGAUGCUACGCCGAGUACCCGACCAUCAGAAUACCAGACUGCACCACCGACUGCUGGGACGGGGCAGGUUGCUAGCCAGUCACGGCUGCCACAAGCAACUGGCCAACAGACCCAGCACGGUCGCUCGCAGAGUGCGGCUGAGAUUGGAGCUCAGAACAAACCAAUUGGGGCCUCUAAAUCCACCCAGGCCCUUCCUGCAGGACAGCCUGCCGCUACCCAAGCUCUUCAGCAGCCGAAACGUGUUGGGUUUCCGCAUGCAUUCGAGCGGUGGGAAACGCUGUCUUCACACUGGGAGGGCCUCACUAGCUAUUGGAUGCGCAAGCUGGAACAAAACAAUGAAGAUCUAGAGCGCGAUCCGAUCAGCCAACAAUUGGCUCGGCAAAUUACCGACUUGUCUGCCGCUGGUGCCAAUCUAUUCCAUGCGGUAGUUGAAUUGCAGCGUCUACGAGCAUCCUCCGAACGCAAAUUCCAGCGCUGGUUUUUCGACACCCGUGCUGAGCAGGAACGCUCGAAAGAAGUACAGGCAGACCUUGACCGCCAGCUCAAAGUCGAACGACAAGGUCGAGCCGAUGCCUUUUCCGCUGCCCAACAAGCCGAAAAGGAUAAACUCAAGGCCGAAGAGCUGCUUAAAGAGAUGCGUCGCGAACUCCAAAUAUCCAAGGAGGAGGCGCGUCGUGCCUGGGAGGAGCUUGGCCGUCGUGAACAAGAAGAGCGAGACCGAACUAACUCUCUGCGCAAUGGAGAACCCACGCUGGUUGGAGGGGUUCAGGUUGUGCCUAUGGUUUCUGGCCUCCCUAGUCGUCAUACCACUCGCCCACAGACCCGUGAGGGCCCAUACCCUGGCGGACCGACAGCGACCGCCAUGGGCACCGACGCAUACCACGGAAAAUCUGCAGGGAGCGCAGGCGGUCAAUACUACGACGACGGCACGCCAAUGUCUCCCACGGGAACCGACCCCUUCAUCGAACCUAAAAAGGUUGACCCUCCUACCUCAAAAGCCCCCUACCCACGUCCACUCUAUGACCGCGACAACACGACUGUGCCAUACCCAGGCCCUGCAACUUCGGAGCCCGACGCGCGCUCCUACGUUGGCAGUAGCGAAGCCGGCGACGACGACUAUGCUCACUACUCCCAUGAUCCUCAAGGCAACACCCUUAGCUACCCACCUGGGCCUGGCUCAGAGGGAAGCGAAGAGUAUGAGCACUCGCCCCGACAGAGCCACUACAUGCCUGACGGCGCCUAUACCUCUGCCGCCUCUUCUGCCCCACUGCAAGCUCCGCAUGCGCCCAUCUCUGCUGCGGACUACAGUGGCUCCGGCUGGGGCCCUGGCACUGGAUGGGACUCUGUGACACCGCGCCAUCGCCACCCCACGCGUUUGAGUGAUGUUCUCGAAGAAGACGAGACUAGUCGCACAAAUCCCAGCCGCGCCACAAGUCGCAGCCAGGCCAGUCGGAGUAUUCUUUAA